AGAUUACCCACCAUCGCAUCAUACCACGAGAUCAAUCAUACCUCGCCAUGCAGAAGUCAGCAGAAAGUUAUGGGAAGAAUCUCCCGGAUCAAGUUGAUCAAAUAGCCAGCGCGCUUGACGCGCACAUCGGGCUUCUGGAGGAUGUCCGCGAACUAUACCGCGAUCGCGCUACGCUCGAGCGCGAGUAUGCGUCCAAGCUGCAAACACUGGUGCGCAAAGCGGACGAACGGAGAGCGAAGAGGGAGGUUACGAUAGUUGGUGGUAUCCAUCCCGCCAAACCCAUCACCGAUGGUGAUGUUAAGCAGAGUACGAUACUGCAAGCAUACACCCAGGUCACUGCCUCUAUGGCCUCCACGGCUCAGGAUCAUAUCAAACUCGCAGAGAACCUCGUUCAGAAGGUCACCGAGCCUUUAAGACUCGUCGAGAAACGCAACGUGGAAUUAAAGACCAAGGAGAUGCAAUUCUAUCAGAGGCUCCUCUCAGAUAGAGACUCGCUUUAUGCUGAUCGAAUCAAGAUGAAGCAGAAGUACGAUGAGAGUUGCACGGAUCUUGAGAGUUAUCGCGCAAAGCAGGCCAAACUGCAAGAUGAUCGUCAUGCGGACAGAAUCGCCAAACUAUUCGAUGAGCAACGAGUGGACAUGCUUACUAACAAGAACAUGUACAUUAUCUCUACUGCGAUAGCCAACAGCGCGAAGGAGAAGUUCUUUACCAACGACCUUCCUAAUAUCGAGGAUGCGUUUCAGGAUAUCCAAAGUCGCUUGGUCGAGAAGCUUGUGGACAUAAUGCUCGAAUGUCAAGGUAUACAGCGUGAUCACCAAGAUGCGUUGAUCAAACACGUAGUCGGGGCCGAAGAUGCAUUGAAAGUCGUUCAGCCCAGCAAGGAUCAGGAGCUCUUCAUCGAGCAUAACGUAAGGCCAUUCAACACCCCUGCGGAUUGGACGUUCGAACCAUGCGCAAGCCAUUAUGACACGGACGAGAUGAGCACCGAGCCUGCACCGAAAAUCUUCCUUCAAAACAAGCUAGCCAAGGCUCGCAGUAAACUCGACGAGCUGACACCUAUCCUAAUUAGUAAACGUCACGAGUCUGAGAAGUUGGGCGAAAUCGUGAAAGCGUAUACCGCUAACAAGAGUUUGGGGAGCGUUGACGACGCGCUUGUUAACUACUUCGAUGCGUCUCAACAGACAAUUCUUUAUGAAAGUUCCGAACGUAUCAUAAAGACAGAGCUCGAGGCUAUCUCUUCCACGUUGGGAGGGGACGAGGGUGGACAGUAUCCCCACUCGUUCAAGAGUACAUCAUUUUCCAUUCCGACGCCUUGUGGCUUCUGCAAGGUAUCAAUGUGGGGUUUUAGUAAGCAAGGCAAAACGUGCACGGCGUGCGGUCUUGCAGUGCACUUUAAGUGCGAGCUUAAGAUACCCGCGGACUGUACCGAAGCUCAAGGGCAGCACAACGCUUCUGAGACAUUGACGCGGACUACAUCGAAGGUGAUCAAACCAGAGCUCAAAGCGUCCGCCAGCGAAGAAACCCUUACCAACGCUGAACCCGGAGAUAUCCCGACUCCAUCUUCAUUCAUUAAUUUCACUAAGGAAACUCAGGCUUCUGCGCGCAUGUUGUUCGACUUCUCCGCGUCAUCGCCUUUUGAGUUGAGCGUGACAGAUGGAGCCAUCGUGCAUGUGCUGGAGGAGGACGACGGUUCCGGAUGGGUCAAGGUCGCCGAUCAAACAGGUGGGAAAGGUUUGGUUCCGGCUUCUUACCUUGAGUCUCUAGAUGAACAACCGGGAGGGGCGCCUGCCAGUCGCGCACGAUACGUGCGCGUCCUGUAUGACUGGGUUCCGCAGGGCCCUGACGAAAUCAGUGUCAAGGAAGGUGAGGUCAUUGAGCUCUCCGACGACCCUGCAAAUGGUACCGAUGCUGGAUGGUGGGAAGGCUUCUCGGCGGCAGGCCAGAAAGGGAUCUUCCCCAGCAAUUACGUUCGUCCACGGUCCGUGUUCCGAGCCAUAAUCAAUAGCUAAUGCCACAGACUUCAGGUGGAGCUCGUUCAGUGACCGAACUUGUAUCGGGGACGUGCUGUGGUGUAGAUGGACAAUGGAUCAUGUUCGUUUUGACUGCGUGUAAUCUCACGGUGGGGCCAAAGCAAUGUUCUGUAAUGGCUACUCUAAGCAGGUUGGGA